CACAUCACGCAUUUGAAAAACAUCAAAGGAGCCGCACGAAAUUUCGCAUAACACUCUCUCGGCACAAUCAAAGGCGCUGCAGCUCUCGUUGCACACAUACUAUGUCCGUCGCCGCGCCUAAUUACAAUCGAGGAAAAGUAAUCUCCCGAAGACUCCUGCUGUGAUGCGAAGAAUGAGAUUGUGCAUCUCCCGCGUCUUAAUCACCGCGUAUAAAUUGCUCGCGAGUGUACACGUGCAUUUCGGGGGGCGAUAAAAACGUCGGACGAGGCAAAACCCUUAUCCGGCGAGCUGGCGCACGAAAAAAGAAGCAUCAGCGCGGAGUCGUUAAAGGAGAGACCGGAAUCGCUGGAGUAUCCGGUUCUGUUUUUGUUUUUGGGAUAAGCAAUUAAGAGGAGGCAAUGCAUUUCGGAGUGAACGUAUAUAAAAAAGCCUGUUGCGGAAAUAUGAUCGCGAGGCGGAUGUCGAAGGCAUUGGAAUAGCCAUUUCGAACGUUCACCGGAAAUCGAUUCUCUCCGCGCGUUAUUCGGAAAUAUCACGACGAUGCGAAACGUUCCCGAAUAAAACUCCGAUAGACACGGUGAUCCACAUCUCUCUACCCCAGAGCGCGAGCGAGAGUAGACCCUUGACCUUCCGCGGCAUCAGUCUCGCGGCGCGCGCCUGUUAUAGAAACUUCGGGAAGGCUCUUUCUCUCGCACUCCUGGCACGGCGAGCUCUCCGACACACAGUGCAACGGCAGCAUUGGACUCGCGUGUACCAUCGUCGACGUUCCUCACUCGCAGAACAGGUCCUCGCUCGGCGGCGUACGGACACGCGCGUAUGUGUACGCGUUUGUGUAGCCGCGCGCGCUUAUAUCCUUACGCUCUCCGCCUUUCUCGCCGCGCUUCUCUGCAGAAAAAGGUUAGAGCGGACAUCUCUGUGCUCGCGCAGUUCAGCGAGUCUGCGCGGACGCCUGCGCGCUGAAAGAGCCAGAGCAGUCUUGGACUAUAUCGACACCGCAAUGGAGUCGUCCUCGCUGGUGGUGAACUACCUGGUGUUCAUCGCGUUCAUCGCGGUGUCAUUCGUGAUCCCGCUGUGGGGCAAGUUCCGGGCGAGCAAAAAGACCGAGACUAAAGCCGAUUAUGUGUUCGCCGCCGGCUCGGGCGUCUCGAUGGGUGCCAUGAUGCUCUCGAUAGCUCGAGGUACUCUCGGCGUCAGAUCCUUCCUCGGCUACCCGUCGGAGCUUUACUAUCGAGGCAGCGCCAUGUGGGAGACGCUAUACGGUAUGCUACUGGCCUACCCGAUCGUCUGCUUCGUCUUCGUGCCGGUCUACUACAGCCUCGGGAUAACGUCCGUCUAUCAGUACUUGGACAUGAGGUUCAAAUCGAAACUGGUGCGAUGCCUUGCCAGCUUCUCCUACGUCAUCAGAAGUCUUUUGAACGUCUCGGUGACGGUGUUCACGCCUUGCGUUGCUUUGAAGACUGUAAUCGGUCUUCCGUACUGGGCCAGUAUCUGCGGAAUCACCGCGAUAUCCGUCGUGUUUGCUUUGAUGGGUGGACUGAAAGCUGCCAUUCUCUCCGACGUCAUCCAGGGCUUGACGAUGAUCGGAGUCUCGAUCGUGAUCAUCAUUCACGGAACCGUAGACGCCGGCGGAUUUAACACAGUCAUGAACGUCACCAGCGAACGCGGUCGUCUCGACUUUUUCAACUUUGAUCUGGAUCCAACUAUCCGAGUUACCACGAUAUCGGCGAUUCUAGGUCAGCUUUUCAUGAGCCUCUCGGUCUUCGGUUGCCAGCAAAACUUCGUCCAGCGCUACUGCAGCAUGAGCAGUCGCUCCAAAGUUGUCAAAACGAUGAUGCUGAACAUGCCUGUGAUUGCCGUCCUCUUCUCGCUCUCGUGGGUCGUGGGUAUGGUGAUCUACGCCAACUACGCUGACUGCGACCCGAUGAGCUUGGGUUACACAUCCAAGUUCGAUGAAAUCGUCCCGUUUUACGUCGAGGACAAGUUUGUUUACCUGCCGGGUCUGCUCGGUCUGGUCAUGGCGACACUGUUCAACAGUUCCCUGACCAUCACCGUCUCCAUCCUCAACUCGCUUGCCACAGUCACCUUCGAAGACUUCCUCAGCCAAAUUCCAGCCAUGAGGAACCUCAAGGACAGUCGCCAGCUCAAGGUCAUCAAGUCUCUGGCUGUGUUCUACGGCUUCCUCGUCGCCGGUGUGAGCUUCCUCGUUGGAAUGUUGUCCGGCGUUAUCGAGUCUUCCAUGUUGAUGACCUCUGCUACUUCUGGACCACUUCUCGGUGUCUUCGUUCUGGCUAUGCUGGUGCCCUGUGCCAACUGGAAGGGAGCUUCAGCUGGUAUGAUCUUCAGUCACGUGACCACCUUGUGGCUGACCUUUGGACGUCUGAGCCUGGACAUUCCUACCGAGACACUGCCUCUGUCUACCGAAGGCUGCACCAACGAGACCUUCUCAUCGCAUCUGGUCAAGGAUAACCCCAACGUUCUACCAACCCAGUGGUCCAGUGCCACCAAGGAUCGCCUGUUCGACGAAGAAACUCCCGAGAGCGUUCUAGACAACAUCUACGGAAUCUCGUACAUGUACUACGCUCUGAUCGGAAGCCUCUCCACCAUCGUCGUGGGAACCAUCGUGAGCCUGUUGACCGCCGAUUCAAAGGACGACGCCUACGAGGACCAUCUCUUGCACCCCUGGAUCCUGAAGAUGUCGAAGCUGAUGCCCGGCAAACCUAGACUCUACGCCACGAGCUCGCGAUUCAGCGAGAACAACAACACUGUCAAUGGAACCGGCCCCACGAGUCUGAGCGACGACUCGCUCAAGUCCGACAUCAAGAAGAUGGAGCACAGGGUCCAGCUGGACAACGCUUACGUUGAGAAACUCGAUGCUCUGAAGAAGGUCACGAUGGAGGUGACGAACGAAGUGCAAAAGGGCACCAAACUCUGAGGAAAGGCCGCGAGUUUUUUGUACUUCCACAAUCCGAGACUGACAAUCUGGCCAAGUGAUAGCGAAAACGUGGUGCUUAAAUCUGAGUGUAUGUAAUGAGAAAAACGUGUUUCUUUUUCGAACUGUACGUGAGUGAAUCGUAUUUCGUUAGUCGCGGAUGACGUCGACGUAUAGUGUUUAGUGUGUAAUAUAACCAGUAUUUGAUGAUAGACACGUCACAUACACGCAUAAGUCGUACGACUGGAUGAUUCGCGAAGAUGCAGCGGCAUCGGAAUGUUUGUAAAGACGACUGAGACAAGAAGGAUGAUAUUACUACUUUGACUCAGUUCCUCUAAUUUGAAAAUUCGCGCGUCGAUCGAAUUGGUUGGAUUCUUACGUAACACGCAUUCAUCUUGAAGUGCACACUUUACUUAGCUCUGCGCAUACGCAGCUUAGGUAUAAUGACUUUCUGCUUUUUAUACGUUACAAAUUAACCGUAGUACCAUUAGUGAUCGACAAAGUAAUUUAUUUUAAUUUAAGCUGUGCAUAGCAAGUUGAAUGGUGAACCGGAUAGUUUCGUCAUCGCGCGAAGCCGUCUCCGGUAGUAGUGUCAGGAGAAAUAAUUGUACAUAUUACACGCAUGAACGUUGCGACGUUGUGCGAUUAUAAUAAUCAAGCCGACCGCGAACUGAAACGUUCGGUCACUCACCUCGAAUUUCGUGUGUGUAACUCAUCGUAGCAAGAUCUGAUUACGUAGCCAUUUUCGUUGUCGGUGGCAUACAACAAAUCGAAACAGCUUUAAAGCUCUGUCCUUUCUCUUUCCGCGAAUCGAACGACCAUAGCCAAGAAAAAUGACAGCUCAGCAGCAUCAGUCAAAGAAAAUUGUUUUCCUCGAGCUUUCAAGCCGUUUACGUGUGCACAGGCGUAGAGCUGCCUUUUUUCGCGACUCUCUAAUACCGGUACUUUUGCGGAGCCGCCGCGAACGGAGUAAGAAGAGAAAAGGGGUCAAGUGCGUCGCGCGAAUUUCCCUUGUCUCUCUCUCGCUCGCAUCCACCUGUGUACGUGCGUUUUCCUCUUUCCUCCACUUUUCGGACGCUGCUCACGAAAAGUGAGUCUCGCGAAGACAGCCCUAGGCUCGAUCUCAGCCGAGGAAAGAGAAGACAGACCGGCGAGAGAUAAGGGAGCGUGCGUAUAAAGAAACGGUGACGUCACGCGUGGGCAAACACGUCGAGCGACGCGAGCACUUUGAGAGAAGUGCCAGCCCGUGCUCUCUUCUGCUUCUGCUACUUCUUCUUCUUCGCGAGACUACGUGCGGGUGUGCGCAUGUGUGCAUGUAUUUACGUCGCCUAAGGAAAUUGUUAACGUCUUCCUUCUCUCCCGUUUCUUUUUUUUUUUUUUUUGGAGAACGAUGCUCGUAGCUUUCCCCCCCCCGAGAUUUGAGCCGUACUUAAGCGUCUGCAAUCUUUAGUCAAUUUUUGCGUUGAAAUGUUUGUUGAUUGUUGAUGUGAGUACUCGACGAAACCAAAGCUUUUGAUACUGUGUUGGAAUAUAUUAUAGUAUUUUUAAAUGCAGUAUUAGCAGCUGAUGAAAUUUUGUUAAAAUCUAAAACCACAUGGAUAACGGUCAAUUAAUUCAUUAAAAGUUGCAGAUCACACUUUUCAUCGCCACUUAACUGAUCUUCCAUCAGCUGUAUACCUAUUAUCAUCGCGACGAAGCACAAUGUUUCUAACGACGCUUUGCGACUCAAGAAGCUUUCGAUUUUGUAUACAGGUCUACCCGACCUUCAAUAUCCGUACUCGUAUACUCUGAUAGCGAGUGUAAUCGUUUAUCCGUAGACGUAAGCUGUUUUAUUGUAUAAAAAAAUGAACUGUAGCGACGAGUAGGCGUUAUUUUUGUAAGUUCUACGCGUAUCAUUGUACCGAUGAUACGCGCAUAUUUAUUGUUAGAAAACUUAAGCGUCA